UAUCAUAAAUCAUUACUUCGCCGGUCUUUCGUUUCCUCGGGCCAAAAUCCUCGACAUGGAUCAGAAACUCGCUGGGGUGCAAACUUCUGCCGCGGCCAAGCGUGGUGCUGCCUGCUAUGAGUCGUGGAUCAUGUAUAUCUACGACUUCUUCGUUUUGGGGUUUAUCAACAGCUUUGCCUGGCGUUGCCCAACCAACAAGCACCUCUUGCCGUUAUUCAAAAAUAAUAUUCGUACCACCCACCUCGAUAUCGGUGUCGGCACCGGCUAUUAUCUGAAAAACUCCAAUGUCGCCCCCUCAGUCCAGUUGACUCUCUCCGACCUGAGCCCAAAUGCUAUUCGCGUGGCAAAGCUUCGAUCUGGACGUCACGAUGCUACAGAAAUACUCUGGGACGUGACUCAGCCUUUCCCGCUUUCCGAGGGAAAGUAUGACAAGUUUGAUUCGGUUUCCAUGUUCUAUGUUCUCCACUGCGUGCCUGGGCCGGUAAAGAACAAGGUCGUUGUGUUUGAGAAUUUGAAAAGUUGUAUGACCGUGGAUGGCGUUUUGACUGGGGCCACCGUCUUGGGAAAAGGUAUCGAGGACAAUUUCCUGGGCAGACGUAUCCGCGCUCAUUGCGUGGCCAACGGAGUGUUUGACAAUGUGGACGAUGAUGCAGAGACGUUUAUUAAUGCUCUGCGCAGUAACUUUCAUGAAGUCGAGGUGGAGCUUAUUGGGGUAUCUUUAGUUUUCAAAGCCAUGAGACCCAGGUCGGACUGAGAGUUCAAUCUUACAUUUCAGUAUAUCAGGAGCCUCAAAGGUCCCAUUUGUAUGGACGUUCAGAUUUGUGUAUAGGAUUCCUGCCAAUUAAGUAGACACAAUAGGCAAGCUAGUGGAGUGUGGGAU